AUGUCCAUGCAGCAUGGACAGAGCUGAUCGCGUGCGCGGGCUAGUGCUGGGCUGUGCUUUGGGAGAUGCCGUGGGCCUUGCCACCGAGUUCAUGACUCGGGACGAGGCGUGUGCGGCUUAUGGCGAAUUGCUCAAUUCAAGGAAGGACAAAGGUUUGCCAGGCUGGUUGCAGCCCUCGGAUGCCAUACGAGAUGCACAUCGCAGCAAGUGGAUUCCUGGCGAUUGGACGGAUGACACCGACCAAUUGGUUUGUGUGCUCAGGUGCAUGCUUCCAGAGGUUGAAGGUCGGCCACUACGCGCUCCAAAUGCCUGCGACUUUGCUCAGAAAUUGCUCGCUUGGCAUAAGGUUGGCUUCCCCGAGCUAGGUGAUUCCGGUGGUUGUGGCAUGGGCAGGAGCACUGCCAGGGUCCUGGACGAACCCGACUUCCUGCGGGCGCCCCACGCCGCGGCGCGGCGGGCUUGGGAUGUGACCGGGCGCUGCAUGGCUCCCAAUGGAGCUCUGAUGCGAGCCGCGGCCACAGGGCUACGUCCAGACCACGUGGAAGAAGAUGCCAAGACGAUUGCUUUGGUGACGCAUGCAGACCCCAGGUCCACGGCAGCUUGUGUUGCUGUGGCGAAGCUGGUGUCUUUGAUGCUGGAAACUGGUCCACGAGGAAUCGAUAGGCUUUUGUCAGAAGCUUGUGCAGCAGCGGAGCCAUAUCUCAUCGAGGAGAGCUUGCUGGGAGUGAUGCCCAGCCUGGUGUGGUCUUGCAGCCUUUGCACCUUGGAGAACCCUUCCUCCAAAGACCACUGCGAAGUCUGUGGCCAUGUACGACCUGCAGCUGGUUCCGGCACCGUUUGUGCUGGCUUUGGCACCACUUGGAGUGAAGACGAGGCGCAGCUGCGCAGCUAUCGUCGCUCCGGUGCACUGGAGGAGCUGCGCCAGGCCAUGCGAGGCACAGAGCUGCCAGUGACCGACGAGACGGAGACCUUAGGAUACGUGAAUACCUGCUUGGCAGCUGCGAUCUACGUCCUGCGAGCCAGCCUCAACCAGAGCAGAUCCGGACCUGAGAUGUUUCUUGGGUUGAGUUCUUCGAUAUAAUGCUGGCAAGAAAGCGGGGGCGUUAGAAAAAACAAUGAAAAUCAUUCUCCCAGUCGAUUAGAGUUCAAAAAGGAUUCUUCCAAAGCGA